AUGAUCACCACCGGCCUCAUUCAUCACCCUCCUGCAGCAAGCAAACUUGUUACUUCUUUUGCAGGUUCCCUUCAUAGUAAAACCAGAAAUGCCCAUUUGAUUGCUAAGAAAGUUGAGGGAUUAGAUACUUACACUUGGAACAGGAUCAUUAAAGGGUACCUAGAGGAAAGUGACCCUAAGAAUGCCAUUUUGGUUUAUACUUGUGUCAAGAAAAUGGGUUUGAAGGUGGACAGUUAUACGCUCUUGUUUGCAGUCAAAGCAUGUGGGCUUGUGCCAGAGAUCUGCGAAGGAGAACAGGUGCACGGACAACUAUACAAAUUGGGUUUUGUAUCUGAGUUGAUAAUCCAAACUGCCUUGCUCACCAUGUAUGGUUUAUUUGAUAAAGUUAGGUGUGUCCAGCAAGUGUUCGACGAAACGCCUCAUAGAGAUAUAGUGAUGUGGAAUUCACUUUUGGCUGCAUAUGUUCAGCAAGAUUAUCAUUCUCAAGCUCUUGCUAUUUCGCAUGAAAUGGUUAAGGACAAUAUGAAACUGAACGAGAUGACUGUGGUUAGCAUCCUCUCUGCUUGCUCAGCGUUGAGGGACUUGAGAAUGGGUACUAUGAUUCAUGGUUUUGUUAUCAGAAACUCUUUGGAUAUGGAUGUCUUUGUUCAGAAUGCUUUAAUUGGCAUGUAUUUAAAAUGUGAAUCUUUGUCAAAAGCUCGAGUGAUUUUUCAAACGAUGGGCGCGAGAAAUGUGGUUUCAUGGACUUCCAUGAUCAAUGGCUUUAGUGAUAACAAUUACCUGAGUGAGGCAUUAGAUUUGUUCAGAGAGAUGGAGUCCAGGAACAUAAAACCAGAUGAAAUUACACUGCUGGGUAUGGUUUCCACAUGCUCAAAGUUAGGAAGCUUUGAGCUCGGAGAGUGGAUUGACAAGUAUGUGGAGAGGACGGCGUUUGGGAAAAACUGCAUUCCAAUGGCAAAUGCCCUCAUGGAUAUGCAUGCCAAGUGUGGCAAUAUCAACAAAGCUUGUCAAAUCUUUGAUGAGAUGAUGGAGAAGACCAUGGUAUCUUGGACUACUAUUAUACACGGGCUAGCAUUGCACGGGCACGGGAUGCCAGCUUUAAUUCGUUUCUGCCAAAUGCAAAGAGAAGGUUUCAAGCCAGAUGGUGUUGUCUUUCUCAACAUUUUAUCUGCCUGUAGCCACGCAGGUUUGGUCGAUGAAGGAAAAAAAUGUUUUGAUUCUAUGAUGAAUGAUUACGGCAUAAAACCAUGGAUGGAGCACUAUGGAUGCAUGGUGGAUCUUCUCUGUAGAGCUCAGUUAAUCAAUGAGGCAUUUGAGUACAUUCUGCAUGUGCCAUUUAAACCAGAUGAAAUCAUAUGGAGAAUUUUUCUUAGAGGGUGUCAAAGUCAGGGCGAUCUGGGUCUAGCCAGUCGAGUAAUGGGUAAUUUUCCUGAACAUGGGCGUAGAGGUUGUGAGGAUUACAUACUGCUUUCGAAUUUGUAUGCCACAGUGGCUGAAUGGGAUUGUGUCAAUGAGAUAAGGAAAAAAAUGAAGGUGGCGGGAGUAAUCAAGUGGAGUCCUGGUUAUAGUUCCAUACAGCCAUAA